AUGCCAAUGACUGCAUCGACGACAGAUCCCACGAGAUGGCGUCUCAUUGUGGAUGAGGGUGUUCACCAAUGGCGGUAUGUUAGCGAAGCCGACUCAGCACGUCGAGUACAGUCCACAGCAGAGAAAUACUUUCUUGGAUUGCCCACGGGAUUGCCGUCACUCGAAAUCCCACACAGCUUUCAGCAAUCUGCUCGCAAUGGUUUCCGUUUUUAUCAAAAACUCCAGCUGGAUGAUGGCCACUGGGGAUGUGGUUAUGGUGGCCCCAGCUUCUUACUUGCUGGUAUUGUAAUAGCGAUGUACAUCACUGAGACGGACAUUCCCUCUGAAUGGAAGGCCGAGCUUCUCCGUUAUCUUUCAAACACGGUCAAUGAAGAUGGUGGCUGGGGGCUACAUGCUGCUGGUGCCUCCACCGUUUUCGCAACAACUCUCUAUUAUGUCACCUUGCGAAUUCUAGGGGUCCAGCCGAGUCAUCCUCUCACUAGUAAGGCGCGUGUCCGCCUACACGCCCUAGCCGAGGCUCAAUAUAUGGAUAGGUGGGGCAGUCGGGAUCCCGCAGUGGGCUGGGGUGGAAUCAAUCCCAUCCCCCCAGAGCUGUGGUUGCUCCCCGAUUGGAUCCCAUUCCAUCCAUGGCGUUGGUGGGUUCAGUGCCGCGUGGUUUAUCUUCCUGUUUCAUACCUCUACGCAAAUAAGGUUGCGAUACCUUUAAAUCCUCUCAUUGCUAGCCUCCGCCAGGAAAUCUAUACACAGUCAUAUGAGAGCAUUCAUUUUGAGAAACACCGGGAUGCUGUGGCUGUCACCGACUUGAAGAAGCCACCGUCCAGUCUUCUUCGCGUUGCUAAUAUGUGCUUGCAUUUCUGGGAGCAAUAUUUCCGGCCCAACUAUGUCGCGCAAUGGGCUAAUGAGCGGGUAUAUGAAUUGAUCCGGCGUGAAGAUGAGAACACAUCCUAUAAUUGUCUGGCUCCAGUCAACAAAGCUUUCCAUAUGGUGAGCGUCUGGCACUCAGAUGGUGCUACUAGUACGCGCAUGCAUCGCCAUCGCGAGGUCAUACCGAGCUACAUGUGGGUUGGCGAAGAGGGAAUGACCUGCAGUGGAACGAAUGGAGUCCAGGUCUGGGAUACAGCAUUCAGCAUCCAAGCUAUGGUCGAGGCUGGAGUUUCCAUGCUGCCAGAGUUUCGUUCUACACUGGAAAAAGCCUUGAAGUACUUGGACAUCUCUCAAUUGAGGGAAGACCUGGCCGACGAGUACCGUCAGCCACGGAAAGGUGGUUGGCCUUUUAGCACACGGAACAAUGGGUAUAUUGUAUCGGACUGUGCUGCAGAAGCACUCAAGGCCGUCUUGAUGCUUCAAGAAGAGUGCCACUUCAUCAAAUUAAUCUCCGAUGACCGUCUGCAGGACUGUGUUGAUAGUCUACUGCUGAUGCAAAACCCCGACGGUGGAUUUAGCAGUUACGAACGUACUCGAUCCAGCACUUUACUCGAACAUCUCAAUGCGUCGGAGGUAUUCGAUCGCAUUAUGGUCGAAUACUCAUACCCGGAGUGCACAACGGCAGUAGUCACAGCGUUAUCACUUUUUAAGCAAUACUUCCCCAGUUAUCGAGCGAAGGAAAUCAAUGGAGUCAUUGAGCGCGCGGUAAAAUAUGUUAUAAAAGCACAACGGCCCGAUGGAAGCUGGUAUGGAUCAUGGGGGGUGUGUUUCACUUACGCGUCGUUCUUUGCCAUGCAAUGUCUGGAACUGGUCGAUCAGACAUGGCAAAACAGCAGUCACGUUCGGAAGUGCUGCAAUUUCCUUCUCAGUAAACAAAAGGAAGAUGGCGGCUGGGGCGAACAUUAUACGUCGUGUGAGCAAGAAGAGUAUGUUAAUCAUGAGCGGAGCCAGGUUGUAAAUACUGCCUGGGCUUGCUUAGCAUUGAUGCACGCACGUUAUCCGUACAAAGAGGAUAUUGAAAAAGGGCUUAAGUUGAUCAUGAGUCGGCAGCAGAGAAAUGGCGAGUGGUAUCAAGAGGAUGUAGAAGGUGUCUUCAAUAACACGUGCAUGAUUGGCUAUCCCAACUACAAGCUCUAUUUUACCUCAUGGGCCCUCGGGAGAUAUGUUCACAUGUACCUUCCCAUGCUCAAAAGGGAAGGUUAUGAAUACAUUACCGCCCUGGACAUCAAAUUUUGA